CCAAGACUGUUUGCAUCUACGUCGGGAAAAUAACAAAAAUGAAAGCUUCUACAUAGCGUCAACAGCGUUACUUAUAGUCAUCGUGCUGGAUGACCCCAACUGCCAAAAAUCGCAUUGUGGCUUAUCCAGGAGCAAGGAAUACGUCCCUAGUAAAGCGUUUGACAUAACUUCACACUUAACAUGAACCUACUCCUCUCGGAGUCCUACCAGACAGUUUACCCUAACAAUUGACCACUUUCUUCCGCAAAACAUGACCAGCUGUAAUUUAUGAUAUCUAUUAAGACCUGUUUCACGUAGACCAAUAUAAAUAGACGCGGCUGGAAUCAUACGUGUUUAGGAACAUUUUGACUAGGGCCAGCCAUGGACGACAGACAGCUUGCCGUCCUUCGUCGGAAGCUAGAGGCGCUUAGCUACUCGGACCCGCUGGACGCUACCAGCGCUCCACUUGUACAGAAGUUGGUUGAGGACCUGGUUCACACCACCGACAGCUACCGAGUAAUUAAGCAACAAUGCGCCAAGCAGGCACAGGAGAUCGCGGCUUUCGAUACGAGGCUGGAGGCCGUUCGGCAGGAAUCCGUCCGCCUGCAGUCGGAGAACAGCCAGCUCCACGUGCUGGUCAUGCAGCACGCAGAACGCCACGACAAGCAGGCCAAGGAACAUUACCAGGCUUGCAAACGCCUGGAGGAUACAAUUGCGGAACUGUCGUACUGGAAACACCACGCGUUGGAGAAGCUGCAGGCGGCUGAGCGCGAAAACAACGGUCUGCGCAAGCACUGCGAGGAGCUUACGAAGCUAACUGACCGACUUGCCUCGGGUGCAGCUACGCCGCAAUCGGCCACACCCAAGAUUGUCUCUCCCGGCCCCAUCCGGGCCACGCCGCCGGGGUCACCGCUCCGGCCAAGGCAGGCCACCGUCGACGUGCUCCAAGCAGCAAACAGCAGGAUACUUUCGCUGCAGCGGCAGCUCGCGGACACCACUUCGGAGCUAGAAGCGCUGCGGCAGCGAGUGGCCGACGAUGAGGACCAAAUCCGCCGUCGCGACGUGGAGAUCAACCGCCUGGGCAGCCGCGCCGGUGCGGACAUGGACAUGUUGGCGCUGCGUUCACGCAACGAGGCCAAUGAGAACAUGAUCCUGCAGCUGAAUGGCACGGUUGACUCGCUGGCAGAGCGUGUACGACAGCUGGAGGGUGUCGAGGUGCAGUGCUCGCAGCUGGAGGAGGCGCUGAAGCGUGCGGAGGCGGCUCGGGCGGAAGCGGAAGAGCGGCAGCGUAGGUCCGCUCGCGAUCACGAGGCGCUGUCUCGCGAGGUUGCGGUCCUGCAGCGCGACCUGGCGGCGCUGCAUGACACCAGCGGCAAGGCGGCGGAGCUGAUGGCAGCGGCGGGGCUGGACGGAGAUGCCAGCGUCCCUGCGCUCCGUCAGCGCCUGGCUGAGGCACGCACGGAGAAGGAGCAGCUGGCGCUCCAGCUGGCUGCGAAUGACGCCGAGCGCAGGAGCUUAGCGCAGCAGGUUGCUUCUCUGCGCUCCGAGCUCGAGGACUCGCAGUUCCUGCAAACAGAGGCGCAGGCGCGCUAUUCUGAUGCGGCCUCGAAGCAUGCCGCCGCGUCCAACGAGGCGCAGCGACUGGCGAGCGAGCUGGCGGCGCGGAAUGAGCAGCUGCGAAGUGCGGAGGAGCGGCUGGCAAAGGUUCUUGCGGAUAUGGAGUCUCGACAUGCGGGUUACGCAGCGAUCGAGCAGGAGCGGGCAGCGUCCAACGCGAGGUGCGAGGAGCUGCAGCGGCGGCUGGAGGCUGCCGAGCGGGCGGCCGCAGCUGAGCGAUCCGCCUCGGUGUCCUCACAGUCCGCGCUGUCACGGCUGGAGUCAGAGCUGCGGGUGGCUCGGUCAGGACAUACCGCACUGGAGCAGGAGGCAGCAGCACUCCGACAGCAGCUGCAGGACGUGGCUGCCGGCAAGGUGCGGGCCGCCAGCGCGCUGAGCAGCACGGAGGACGAGGCCACCCGCGCGCGUCAGCAGGUGGACGCCCUCACGCGUGAGCUGACCCAGGAGAGGCGCGCAUGCGAGGAGCUGCGGACGGCCAGGGACAACUUGCAGUUGGAGCUGGAGCGGCUCAGCGGCCAGGCGUCGCUGCAGCAGCAGGAAGCCGCGCUGCUGGCAGACCAGCUGGCCGUGACACGACAGCAGCUGGCAGCCGCAGAGGCGCGAGCAAGCGGCGCCGCACGCGACCUUUCCGGGCUAGGCGCGCUGCAGCAGCGGUAUAAUGAGCUGGCGGAGCAGGCACGGCGCGCGGUAGCGACAUCGGCUGAGGCGGAGGCUGAAGCUGCGCGUCUGCGGGCGCAGAUGGCUUCUGCGGUUGAGGCACAGGGCCGCAGCGAGCGGGCGGCGCGGGAGGCGCAGCGCGAGGUGGAGGCGUCUCGGGAGGCGGAGACGGUGCUGCGGGGGCAGCUGCGGGAGGCGGAGGCAGCUGCGGAGGCGGCUAGCAAGGCGUUGAGGACGGCUGAGGCUGAUCGCGACCGCGCCCUGAUGGAUGCCCGCUUGACCGCCGGCGAGCUAGACUCCCUGCAUUCCCAGCUGGCGGCGGAGUCCAGCUCGGCAAUGGAGGCCGGCUCCUCAGCGCGGCAGCUGGCGGUGCGUCUGGCGGCGGCGGAGCGGGAGGCAGCGGCGCGCCAAGAGGAGUGCGAGCGGGCGGCGGCAGUGGUGCAGCAGGCCGAGGCGGCCGCGGCGGCGGCAAGGGACCGGGAGGAGGAGGCGCGCGCGCAGGGGCGCGAGUGGGCGGAGCGGGCCCGGCGGGCGGAGGCGAUGUUGGCGGAGUAUGAGGCGGAUGUGGCGCAGCUGCGGUCCGCCCGCGAGUCGGACUCCGCUGCGCUGCGCUCGUUAGAGGAGGCGCUGGCGGCGGCGCGGCGGGACUGCGACGCGCGGCGCGCCGAGGUCGAGCAGCUCACAACGCUCAGCUUGCGUGGCGACGCUACCGUGCAAGAGUACAUGGCCGCCUUGAAGGCCUUGUCGGCUGAUCUUCGGGCUGCCGAGAUGCGUGCCUCGGACCUGGCUGGCGAGCUGGCGGCGCGGCAGGACGAGGCGGCGGCAUGGCGUGCGGAGGUGGAGCAGCUGCGUGGGCUGCUGCGGUCCAUGGAUGGAGAGCGGGAUGGCAUGCAGGCGGAGCUGGACGCCAAGGCUGAGCGGCUGGACGCCAUGCAGCAGCAGCUGGAGGCAGCGCAGCGGCAGGCGGAAGAGUCCGGCAGGCUCUUGGCGCUUGCGGAGGGGCGUCUGGCGCACAUUGACAGCCGCGCGCGCGAUGGCGAGGCGGAGGUGGAGAGUCUGCGGCAGCAGCUGGCGGCGGCGAUGGAGAGCGUGCGCGGGCUGAGCGGUGAGGGGGAUGCGUUGCGGGAGGAGCUGCGCGCCGUGAACGAGGACUUGGAGGCGCUUGUGCGUGAGAACCAGGUGGUCAGCAACGAGCUGGCCACCGUGGCGGCGCAGCGGGACUCGGCUGCGGAGGAGUCCCGGCGUCAGGGCUCCCGCGCGCUGGCGGCUGAGCAGCUGCUGCGCGCCAAGGAGGCGGAGGCGGAGGACCUCCGCCGCGUGUACGAAGCGCUGGCGGCGGAGCACAAGAGGCUUCAGAGCGGCUACAGCGCGUUAGAGCGGGAGGGCGCCAUGCGGGAGACGAUGCUGCAGGCCAAGGCCUCCGAGGUUGCGAGCCUGACGGAGGCGCAGCGGGGCGCGCAGGCCACCAUCAACCAGUACGUCAUGGACCUGCAGGCUUUCGAGCGCCAGGUUGACAGCCUGAGUCGGCAGCUGUCCCAGACCGAGGCGGACGCGGAGGAGCUGGUACGGCAGCGGGAGGCGCUGCUGGAGGAGAUCCGCGCGGCGCAGCAGGUUCGUCUGGGUCUGGACCGGCACCGCGAGGAGCUGCAGCGGCAGGUGGCGGCACUGGAAUCGCAGGUGGCUAUCGGGCGGGCGCGGCUGGACGACGCGGCAGCUGAGGCGGCCAACCUCAACCAGCGCCUCACUAUGGAGCGAACCAGGGUUGCUGAGCUGGAGGGGCUGCUGGCGGGCAUGCGGGCGCGGGAGUUCCGCACCGAGCUGGCCAGCGACCGCAGCGGCACGCAGCUGUCGGUGCUGGUGGAGCGGAACCGAGCGCUGGAGGAGCAGGUGGCCUCCCUGCAGCACCAGAUGGGCUCGCUGCAGGCCAGUCGCGAGGCGCAGGAUCGCGAGCUGGCGCGGCUGCGUACGGAGGCGCUGGCGCUGGCGGCGUCCACCGGAGCGCUGGAACACCGCCCGGCGCAGGGCGCGGUGGCGCUGCCGGGCCCGUCCAGCAGCGCUGCAAGCGCGGUUAAGGACCAGGCUGCGGCACUGUCUCGGCUCUCGGCGGAGCGUGAUGCGGCACUUGAGGAGGCGGCGCGUCUGCGGGGAGCUCUGAUGGCGGCGGAGGGCAAGCCGGGCGGAGCAGCAGGAGCAGGGCCAGGCAUGGGGAUGGGAGCGUCGAACGCCUCGGCUGCGAGCGUGGGGAUGCUGCGCGGCCGGGCGGCGGACCUGGAGCGACGGAACAGCGAGCUGCUGCAGGAGCUGAGGACGCUGCAAGACACGUGCCGGCAGCAGGAGUCGCUGCUAGCCGCCGCACAGAACGAGCUGAGCGUGUUGCAGUCCGAGCACCGGCGGCUAGUGGAGGUGGUGGCUCGGCUGGACCAGGAGAAGGGCAAGCUGUCCGCUGAGGUCACAGCUGCGCGGCAACACGUGGCCAACGCCUCCCGCCGCCAGGCGGCCGCUGAGCAGGAGGCGGCCGCCAACGUGGCACGACUGCAGGGCCAACUCAAGGACGAGCAAUGCCGGCGGCGCCAAGCGGAGCGUGAUUUCCUGGAGCUGCUGUCGAGCAUUGAGGGGGCGGAGGGGGACCAGGCGGCAGCAGCGGCGGCGUUGCAGCACGGGGAGAGCGCGGCGGCAGUCGCCAGCAACCGCCUGCGGGAGCUACAGGCCCAAGUGGAUGCGUUGGAGGCUGAGAAGGCGGGGCUGGAGGAGACCACCUCCCGCGCCCGAGCCACCCUGGCCGCCAUGAGUGCCGAGAUGGCGGGCAUCCAGGCGGAGUACGACAGCGCCACCGCCGCGCUUUCCAGCAUAACGGCGCUGGCGGGGGGAGCGGGG